UGUGUGAUAACAAAAACAUUUCCUUUGAUUGAUUGGGGAAGUAAUCCCAUUACAACAAAGCUUUUUGUCUCUUACGUGAUUGCUCGUAAAUGCCUAAUUCAUCAAGUGUCCAGCAAGAGUUUUGUGAAGAGCUUUGUGCGCUCUCUCGUGGAUUUUCUUUGACAUUGUGCUCACUUUCAACAGAAAAGCAAAGCUUUCACAGCGUAUAUGGGGGGUGUUGGAUGCAGUGUCUAUUCGCCUGGCACCUGUUGGUGGCUUAUUAUUUUCAGCGCUGGUCUAUUGAGGAUUUAAUGACAGCAUCGCUCGCCUCGUAUCAGGACCAUGUCGGAGGAGCAAACUGAUUUUAACACCAGUCGCAACAGUGUUGACAAUACCUCAACUAGAGUCCAGAGCAGUUUCGUGUUUUCAGGACCAAUAUUUGUCAUUUUGAUGGUGAUGAUGGUGACUUUGGUUGUUAUGAUAGUUUUGGGCAACGCACUGGUCAUUUUGGCUUUUAAAGUCGACAAGAGUUUGAGAAGACAAUGCAAUUACUACUUCCUGAAUUUGGCAAUAUCAGAUUUUCUUGUUGGGGCUUUCUGCAUCCCAGUUUACAUCCCUUACAUCCUCACUGGCAAGUGGAUGCUGGGCCGAGGACUGUGUAAGCUGUGGCUGGUCAUGGACUACCUGCUUUGUUCUGCGUCUGUCUUCAACAUUGUCCUCAUCAGCUAUGACCGCUUCCUGUCAGUCACCAGAGCAGUAAGUUACCGUGCCAGACAAAGCAUGACUCAUCAAGCCAUUAUGAAGAUGAUUGCUGUCUGGGUGUUAGCCUUUGUCCUGUACGGUCCAGCCAUCAUAUUCUGGGAACUGGUGGUGGGCAGAAGCCGCGUGCCAAAGGAUGAGUGCUUUGCGGAGUUCUAUUACUCUUGGUACUUCCUGCUGAGUGCCUCUAUGCUGGAGUUUUUUUCUCCUUUCAUCUCGGUGGCUUUCUUCAACCUCAGCAUUUACCUAAGCAUACGCAGGAGGAGGCUCCACAGCAGGGAGGCCCAGCUCCACCUUCAACUGAGCGAACCUGCCUCUGCGCAGGGGGAAAGUGUCCCCUUGUCCCACAACUGGGGGUUUGGGAAGAAACUGGCUGUAAGAGGUUCCAUUCACUCCCAGACCUCCUCUCCCAGUCUGAACAAACUAGAUCCCUCAACCAGCAGGGCUGCCCAGCCUAGCCGUCUGUCCAGGGAUAAGAAAAUUGCUAAGUCCCUGGCCAUCAUAGUGUGUGUUUUUGCCAUCUGCUGGGCACCGUACACGCUACUGAUGAUCAUCCGUGCCGCCUGCAGAGGGCGGUGCAUCCAGCAUCACUGGUACGAGGUCACCUUCUGGCUCCUGUGGCUCAACUCUGCUAUUAACCCAUUCCUGUACCCGCUUUGCCACAGUAGCUUCCGCAGGGCCUUUAGCAAGAUACUUUGCCCAAGGUGGCAUACUACUCCCUCGUCAUCUGUCCUCCGUGCUGGCCAGUGACAAGCAGAUACCCAUGCAUGGAUGGGGAUGUGCAAUGUGCCAAAAUUAUGGAUGGAAGCAUUCAUAAUAUAACCCAUACUUUCCACAGUUUCAGCAGAUGGAGCUAAACUUUGCUCCACAGUUUGUCAUAUAGACUAUAAUUCAUUGUUUUAAUUUGUUUUUAGUGUUUGAAUGUAUAAAGUUGGUAUCAUCAGAUGCAUAUAAAGUAUUUUCCUGUCUGUUGAUUGUUGGGUGAGAGAAAACCUAGAAAAGAGGGAAACAGACCUGUUGAUUAAUACCAUGCAGACAAUAAAAUAGCCAGAUCUGCCAGCUGCGGGUUUUGUGCUGUAUGUAUCUGUAAAAAUAAGGUCAAUAAGAAAUUAAUUUUACUUGAUUAACUGCCCCAUUCUUUGGCACAUUCAUUAUCAAAUUAUGUGGAUUAUGUGAUAGAUAUGCUCUAGAAAAUGAAACAUAACAAGAUUUUAUAUUUGUCUUAAAUGUGUGUCAUCCAGACUAGAUAGUAAAUCAUCAAUUAUGUUGUCUUGUUGAAUGUAUAUACAUUAUAUUGAGGAUUUAUGUUGAUUAAGGUAAGUGUUGCCCUUGCUGUGACAUCCUUGCUUCAGCUGAAGUAAAACAGAUCUUUAUCACCCUCUGCUGUUAGAAAGUUUACUACUGGUGUUGCAAAAGCACAGUGACAACAACACAAAGUGCCAUCAAGUGUAAAUGUAUGUAAAAUGAAUUGUUUUAUCAAAGCCUGACAUUUGAUAGCCUUUCCUUUUGGGCCACGUUGUUAUACAGAUCAAUAAUGGAUUACAUUUCUCCAGAAACAUUUCUCAGUAGAAAAACAACACAAAGAAAUUAGUUUAUAAAUUGUUAAUUCUUAUUAAGUUAUUAGUGAUUAGUACUAAACUAAACCACUCCACAGCAGUACCACCACCACUGGUUUAUUGAAUUUAAUUUUUUAGUGUGUUUUACAGAAAGUACUUGGCUUUAUGUAAAAGAGAGUACCAGCCCCAGCCUGUUCAACCUGCUGCUGUCUGGCAAGAAUGUACACUUUUCUACCAUAAGACUUCAGAGCAACUUUUUUCUCCGGGCUGUGAGACUCUUUAAUUCAUCCGCAACACUCCACCAUGCAAAAUAGUUUUAUUUCUUUGACUUGUUAUUUAUACAUCCAUCUAUUGUGUAUAAUUUUUGUAUAUGAUGUUGUUUUUGUGAGUAGCAUAAAGGGAACUACAACUAAAUCUCAU